AUGGCCCUCAACGACUUGAUACAGAUUUUGAAGGAAAAGACUCAACCAGCGGAUUGGAGUCCGCACAAAUACACGACAUUGUAUCGGAAUCGCAAACUGUGGGGGAACUUCUUUGGGCUUCCAAUGCUCAAAAACAAUGAAGGGCAGCUCUCCAUCAAGAAAACGAUCAGUAACAUGGUUUUUGUGAGAGCUCUGUUUGCCACCAUCAAGAAUGGCUUAAAAAACUCCGGGGAGAAUUAUAAUCUCAUUGUCAAUUGUGACGAUGAUUGGCUUGUGUAUGAGAAGGAUCGCAUUGCCAAAGAUGGAACUAGGUACAGGAUGUACAAGGAUACCCGAGAGAAACAUAAAGGGAAGUCGGUAUAUUUACAGACGCCAACAGCCAAGUUGACAUGCAAUGAGGUUACGAAAGGCAGGGCGCGUACGUGGUCGAAGAACAUAGGAAUGCAAGACGAAUUGGUCGUCUGUCCAUUUGCGUGGAAAAGAUGGCUUGGUGAUGCCCCUCCAUAUUUAUCCGAUUUUGCAGGCACUCCGUUCUCAGGGAUAAAGGGCGAAACCCUGGAUAGAUUAAAAUAUCGUGCUGCUGGAAACACCUUGCUGCACGAGGCCCUCCACGCGCUUAAUCUCGUUGAAUAUGAUAUAAGUCAGCUUGCCACAUCGAGGAAUACUCUGCUGGAAACGAACAUAAUUAACCAAGAUUUAGGGGACCUAUCAGUACAGUAUGGAGGAAAGACCCAGGGUGCUUAUGGAGCAGAGGGUGUUCAGGCUCUCGCCAGAAAAGACCCCAAUAAGGUACUGCAUAAUGCAGACACCUAUGCUAUGUUUGCACUAGGCGUGUAUUAUGACAAGUGCAACUGGGCUAAUGCGCUGGGAAAAUGUCUCGACGAUAGUCCGGACACGAUAUGCCCGGAGGAUGAAAAGACCAAAGAGAGGAAUUGUAUUACUAUCGACUGGAACUAG